AGGAAGUUUUGUGUAAGUAUAAUACGUAAAUAAUAGUUAAGGUCGAUGGCUCUGUAAACACUAAUUAUUACUUAUACUGAAAUAUUGAAACUGAGAUGUGGAAAUUAUUCCUUGUAUCUACAACGCUGUUCAUGAGUACCCGUGUUGCUGAGGGACAAAAUGAUGGUGAUUUAAGACUGGUUGGUGGUUCCCAUUCUAGAGAAGGGAGACUUGAAAUAUUCCAUAGUAGCAUAUGGGGAAGUGUCUGUGACGACAGUUUUAAUUAUGUUGACGGCAGUGUUGCAUGUAGACAACUAGGUUUUCGAUCUAGAUGUUGGUCGGAUGUACAGAUUUAUACACAAGGGGGCUACACUGCAAAAAUAUGGAUGGACGGAGUAGGUUGUACUGGUUUAGAAACUUCGUUAAAGGAAUGUUCACAUAAUGGAUGGGGAAGUCAUGACUGUACUACAAGUGAAAAUGUAGGCAUUCGAUGCUUUGGUGGCUGCGGAGUUAACGGAAACUGGGGAUCAUGGUCAGGUUGGACAGUAUGUAGUUCUAGUUGCGAUUCUGGCUAUCAAACGAGAUCCCGCCUCUGUAAUGAUCCGGUACCAUCAUCAGAUGGCGCAUACUGUAAUGGAAAGUCGUUCGAAGUACUUAACUGCAGCAUUACAACGUGUACAGUUAAUGGAAACUGGGGAUCUUGGUCAGACUGGACAAUCUGUAGUUCUAGUUGUGAUUCUGGCCAUCAAACGAGAUCCCGCCUUUGUAAUAAUCCUGUACCAUCAUCAAAUGGCGCAUACUGUAAUGGGAAGUCGUUCGAAGUACUAAACUGCAGCAUUGCAAGAUGUACAGUUGAUGGAAGUUGGGGAGGGUGGAGUAAGUGGUCAGAAUGCAAUGCAACUUGUGAUGGUGGUGUACAGAAACGCACGCGUUUUUGCAACAACCCAUAUCCUUCAGCUGGCGGAUCUGCAUGUUCAGGCAUUACUGACCAAAUAUCAAUAUGCGCAGAGAUUAAUUGUCCAGUCUUUGGCGUCUGGUCAGAAUGGGGAGUUUGGAGCUUAUGUUCGGCUUCGUGUGGGUCAGGAAAUAGGACAAGGAGAAGACUGUGUGACAAUCCUCCUCCUUCUCAUGGCGGAGAAUAUUGUAAUGGCAAUACUUUAGAUUUGGAUACUUGUAAUACCCACGAAUGUCCUAUUGAUGGUAACUGGAGUGAAUGGUCAUCCUGGGAUACGUGUAGUGAAACUUGUAAUGGAGGAAUUCAGGAUAGAAAUCGGAAAUGUGAUGCUCCUCUGCCAUCUAACGGGGGACUUUACUGCAAUGGAAAGACGAUAGAAAGUCGUGCUUGCAACAACGAGAAUUGUAAAAUUGAUGGACAAUGGAGUGCAUGGCAAGAGUGGCAACCUUGCAAUACAACUUGUGGUAACGGAUCCAAACACCGAAUCCGGAAAUGUGACAGCCCUUCACCGUACUUCGGGGGCUCUGAAUGUAUAGGACUUGAUAUCGACAUUCAAGCAUGCUAUCAAGACAUAUGUCCAGAUGCACAUCUACAGGUCAAAGAGGAUACAUCAUAUUUGGUCUCAUCUGCUCUUCUUGUGGGUGUUGCAGUUGCUUGCAUCGUUGUAACUGCUGUCAUAACGUGUACAGCUUUAUUUAUAUUUCGCAGAUUUAGAUCUGAUAAAGUUGCAAAAAGAAAGAGAAAUGGAUGCAACACCGAAAGUCUGGCUGAAUUAAGAGGAACUAGCCAACAAAAUGAUUAUGAUUGCAUCGGACGGGCUAGUGGUAUACAGAGUGGGGUUUAUGACACCUGCAGGAAUACUGAGAGUAAUGUCUAUGCUAAUACACAAUUCACUGCUAAAACAGGUGCUGGUGCUAACGUUCCAUGCAAGGCUGACAAUAUCGAAUCAGGUGCUCAUGCGAACAUUCUAUGCAAAGCUGACAAUGUUGAGGAAAUAUACGAGAAUCUGAAAAUAAGCUGAAACUGUUUGAUUCAACUGAACAAUUAUGAAACUUGUAGUUUUAUGUCAUUUACACUUAUAUAGUCAUAUUUAUACCACUAAUAUAGUCAUCCAUUGGAUGUUGGAUAUGUACUGAUUGAUAUCUUAGUCUCAGAUGCAUGUUUUUAUCAGUUGAUAUUGGCAUUGCAAAACUAGAAGCUGUCAAUAACAGCAAGUACUCUCAGAUAUGUACUUAGUGUCUUUUUGUUGUGGGGAUGUUCAAGUACUCUGCUAAGAUGUAUUUUUGCUGUAUAUCGAUCUGAUAAAUUAGGCUUUUUUCAACUGAUUUUUAUAGUUUGGUUGUAUGAUGUACUGUUACACCACUGUACUAUGGGUUCGGAGGUGGAGGCCUUCGAAUUAAUUUAACACCGCCACAUUCUCCUUAUGUCUUUCCAAAGUCAGAAGCUUGUAAUUCAGUGUUGUCGUUUGUUGCUGUAUAUCAUAUUUGUUUUUCUUUCAUUAUCGUUUAUCUUUUUGUACAAAAAUCAGGCCGUUAGUUGUCUUUUUUGAAUUUUACAUUUGUUAUUCCGGGACCUUUUAAAGCUGAAUAUAUGGUAUGGGUUUACUCAUUGUUGAAAGCCGUACGGUGACCUAUAUUUGUUUAUUUAUUUGUCAUUUUGUCUCUUGAGGAGAGUUGUCUCGUUUACAAUCAUACCACAUCUAUUCAUUUUUUUAUUCAUACUAUGCAGUUAUAAUACUUUUUAUAUAUAACAUUGUCAUGAAGAUCCGUUAUAAAAAUAAAAUGUC